CGGGACUCGAUGCUCCGUCCGGCCCGGCCCUUCUGCUCCUCGGGGACCAUGCGGCGGCCUUGGCCGGCGACGCGGGACUGCCCGGCGCGUGAACCUGGGUACUUAGUCAUGAUGUGGCCUCUGUUGCUGCCUGCUGGGGCACCCCCUGAGUGACCAACCUGCUCCGCCCCUGCUGCUCCACAGUUGAUGGGGCACCGUGCGGAUGACCGCGGGAACAGUGGUGAUCACGGGCGGAAUCCUCGCAGCUGUCAUCCUGCUCUGCAUCAUCGCUGUGCUGUGCUACUGCCGGCUGCAGUAUUACUGCUGUAAGAAGAACGAAGUGGACGAUGCUAAUGAGGAGGACGAGGCUCCUGCAUCCCCCCGAGGCCCAGCCUGCAAUGCCUGCAGCUCCCAAGUGGACCCCCCUGGCGGGCUGGCACCCCACCCCAGAGAACCCCGUAGCCACCCCUGCCCGGCGUGCUCCCCAUACAGCCCCCCCUUCUAUAUCCGGACAGCCGACAUGGUGCCCAACGGGGGUGGCCAGUGGCUCAACCUGCCUCCCGCCUACUACAAGGAGGGGGGCCCCAUGCCCCUCAAAGUGGCAGCACCUCAGAGUUUUCCGGUGACGUGGUCGGGCCCGGUGCGCGACGCCUUCACCAAUCCAAGGGCUAUUAGCACCGACGUGUGAUCUGCUCCAUGGU